AUGGCCAUCCGCAACGAAUAUUGGGGAAAUGUGGUAACGAUCGUUCCCGCGAUCGGGGCAGGCAUCGCGACGAUCGUCUAUAUUCUCCGACUGGUAGCAUGUCGUACGGCCACGGUCGGAUGGCGAUUAGAGGAAUUGUUGAUGGGUAUUGGACUGGUGCUUUCCUACGGUGCCACCACGUUUGUCAUCUACACGGCCUUUAAUGGCGUCGGAGUCCCGGGUGACAAGCUUCCUCAGGACGAACGGAUCCGUCUGCAAUUCGGCUCGUGGAUGAUCCAGAAGUUCUGGCCACCGUCCAUGGCGUUCGUGAAAGUCUCCAUCCUGGUCUUACUGCGACGAUUGUUGGGUACUCUGAGGCCUGUCCGGAUUGCAAUCACCUGUCUGAUUAUCUUUACGGUCAUGUGGGCAUUUACCGAACUCAUGGGCAAUAUCUUUCAAUGUUCCCCCGUCCAGUAUUACUAUGAUACUCGAUUGAACGGACACUGCAUGGCCGGACAGACCAAGCUGUUCCAGACCUCGGCGUGUUUGUCUUUGGUGGAGGAUAUUAUUAUUUUGCUGUUACCGAUGCCAGUGGUCUGGAGACUGAACAUGACGGUCCAGCAGAAACUGACCUUGACCUUUGUUUUCUCACUUGGAGCACUGGUCUGCAUCUUCAGCUUACUACGAGUGAUUGAAUUCAACCAUUUCCACACCAAUGAUCUAGCUGCAUCUAGUGCUAAAGAAUCCAUCUGGACCGCCCUCGAACUCGACGUCGCCAUCAUAUGUGGCUGCCUUCCCGUGUUAAAGCCGCUUAUCUCUGGAUUUCUCGGCAGAGUCAAAGGCCAGACAACUCGGUCCUCACGCACGCCUCGCUACAUGCACAGUGCCAGUCAGAACCCGGACGGAUUCCACAAGAUCAGUGACCCGCACGGAUUGUCAGCGAACAAGAAGGUGGUGGUCAGCACGAAUGCGCCAGGGCGAUGCAGUUCAGAUGUCGAAUUGCGUGGAAUCACCGUCCAUACGGCGAUCGAGCAGGAUGUGGAGAGUCGAUCAUUGAAACUUGAUAACCGGAUAUUUGAUAUCGUCAAAAAGCAGGGAAAUGGGUCGCCCAUUUCCUUGGGCAAAUCCAACAACUUGGAAGAAUAUGUCAUAAUCAGUGUUAUGGGGGAUGCUAAUAAGCCCAGCAUACUAUGUAUUGCUAGAGUCGAGCGUAACGCCACACUGGACAAGCUCGAGUUUAGGGGCAGAGGGUGGCAUUUCUGGUGUUGGGCUAACGAGGAACGUUUUGUUGGGAGGUUGAUUGUCGAUAUGGAAUGUUGCGGGAAGAAAGUCUACGUCUUAUCAGAAGAGCUAGAUCAAGUGCUCUGGGAGCUACACGACUUACAUGGCCAUUUUGCCGCCCGCAUUACCUUGGUCUCGUUCGACUUUGAGACCACUUUGUACCUGAAAAUUCUCUGGUGCAUGCACUGCCUGACAUCCAUCAAAGUGUACAAUCCCCAGAAGGGAUUGGACGCGUACCUCGGAUUUGUUGCAGGAGACAGCGGAUUCACUACCUGGAACGAAGGGAACCAGGUGUUCCUCGGUACCAUCAAGGAGAGUGUAAUGUCAAAUGUGAAAGCGACGCAUAAGAAUUGA